UCGUCAUCUGUCAUUCGUGAGUUUCCCUGGAAGCGAAGAGAGGAUUGUUGUGCAUGGUACGAGCCCGGACUGACUGAACUUUGCAUUUACUUCGACGAGAUAGUGAUGCCGAUAGCGUUAUCUUUCCUAUUAUCGCGCCAUUGUUCCAAACGGGCGACAAGGUUUCUCAGUCGAAUCGCGAUGGGAGUCGACAAGCUGUUGCCGUGCGCCGUGAAUAUAGUGAAGGAUGCUCACGCAGGGAGUAUCGACGCUUUGUGUAUUGUUGACAACGAGAGUGUCACCAAGGAUUUCGCCAAGGACUUUGACGAGUUGCGAAAAUACGAUGCAGCUUUCGACAAGGAAGUUUCGUGCUUGAAGUUGCCGUCGUGCAGCCAAAGGAUCAUCUACUCCCCAGUUGGAAAGUUGGAUGACUACUCCGAUGUGCGGAGUUAUCAAGUGGCCGCACAGAAAGCGGUGAGCCGAGCGAUCAAGGCUGGAGCCAAACGUCCGGCUAUAGUGUUGCCGAACAGCUCGUUGUUUAGGAAUGCAAAGCUAUGCACCAUCCUGGGAGCCUUGCAUGAACUGUACGUGCCUAUUCAGCUACGGGAAGCCGUUCCCACUAAGAAGCAGCGAGUUGAAUCGAUAAGUAUUCUUGGGGACAAUCCUGCGGAAAGCGAGAAGCUUCUGCGUGAGGCGAUAACUAUCGAAUCAGGACGACUCGUGGCGAGGGAUAUUGGCGGCGGGGAUCCUGAACGAAUGACCCCCCUCAAAGUGGAGCAAUACAUCCGAGAGACCUUGAAAGAGCUCAAGAUUGAAGUGAUCAGUGACGUGGAGACGUUGAAGAAGGAAUAUCCACUGUUCGAGGCUGUCAACCGAGCAGCCAGUUCUGUGCCUAGACAUGAAGGUAGGAUUAUUUUCGUCGAAUACAAACCCCCUUCACCGGCCCGGAAAACGCUCAUGCUCGUUGGUAAGGGCGUGUGCUACGAUACCGGUGGCGCUGACAUCAAGGCAGGAGGCAUAAUGUGCGGCAUGUCGCGCGAUAAAUGCGGAGCGGCUGCAGUAGCAGGUUUCAUGCAAUACGUUCAGGAACAAAAACCCAAGGACAUCCAUGUGAUCGCAGCACUUUGCAUGGUCAGGAACUCUGUUGGCGAGGAAUGCUACGUAUCGGACGAGAUCAUCACAUCCCGAGCCGGCGUUCGCGUAAGGGUCGGCAACACAGACGCUGAAGGACGUAUGUGCAUGGCGGACGCUUUGUGCAAAAUGAAGGAGAUGGCCGUUGACUUGCCUGAUCCACAUCUUUUUACCAUUGCCACACUCACGGGACAUGCGAUCAUUGCGAUGGGCUUCGGAUACUCAAUCGUUAUGGACAAUAGCGUGGCGAGGGCGUCAGCACACGCUCAACAUUUACGUCAAGUAGGCGAAGAGUUUGGAGAACCAUUCGAAAUUUCGGUGAUCCGCAAGGAUGAUUUCGAUAUUAAUCUGGGCAAAGCUAUAGGCGAGGAUAUUGUACAAUGCAACAAUGCUCCUUCUUCGAAAACCCCACGUGGACAUCAGAUGCCGGCAGCUUUCUUGAUGCAGGUGACCGGGUUGGAUAAGCACGGAAUGUCCGCCAAGAAGCCAAUUAAAUACUCGCAUUUGGAUAUUGCUGGCAGCGCGGGAGACGUGCCAGACCCACCGACCGGCGCCCCAAUCUUGGCACUCGCCAAAGCCCAUUUGAACUGAUCUAAUGCAUUCUUGUAGGCGAACUUUUCGUGUACUUAUCAUUUUAAUUUUUGACGUGAUAUUUUUUUUAUUACAUUUCAAUCGGAUUGGGCAACAGUUAUUUUUUUAGUAUUUCUUGCGUCUUAAUAAAUUUGUACGAUGCGAAUUUAA